UUUGAAGACAAAAAAAAAAGUAAGGAGAAAUAAUUCAACAAAAAGAAAAAAUAAUCAUGUUUUCUCUAUUGCUUCUUCUUUCCAUAUUGUUGAGCAAUUAUAAUGUAUAUGGGAAAUUAAUCAAUGAUUUUAACCAAUUGGAAAUCAACAGCUGUGAUUUAUUCAAAGGGAAUUGGGUUUAUGAUGAUGAUUAUCCUCUUUAUAAUUCAUCUAUUUGUCCAUUUAUUGAAAAACAAUUUGAUUGUUUGAAGAAUGGAAGGGUAGAUAAAGAUUAUCUUAAAUAUAGAUGGCAACCCAAUGAGUGCAAUUUACCCAGGUUUGAUGCUACAGAAUUUCAAAAGAAAUUUAAGGGGAAGCAAAUGAUGUUUGUAGGAGAUUCAAUAAGCCUAAAUCAAUGGCAAUCUCUAACUUGUAUGCUUCAUGCUGCUGAUCCACAAGCUAAAUACAUCUCCAAAAGGAUUGGAGGCACUUCUAUCUUCACUUUCCCGAAGUACAACACGUCGUAUUUGAUGUACCGAAAUGCUUUUCUGGUAGACAUUAAAACGGAGAACAAUGGAGCUAGAGUUUUAGAGCUGGAUUCUCUAAGCUCUGCAGCUCAAUGGAAAGAAAUGGAUGUUCUUAUAUUUGAUUCUUGGCAUUGGUGGCUUCAUACUGGAAGAAAACAACCUUGGGAUUUUGUUCAAGAUGUAAACUCUACAUAUAAAGAUGCACCUCGUCUAACUCUAUAUGAAAAAGCACUCAAUACAUGGGCAAAAUGGGUAGAUUCUGAAGUAGACACCACAAAAACCAAAAUAUUUUUCCAAGGAAUUUCUCCUGACCAUGACAACAACCCUGGGAUCUCAGGUUCAAACAGGUGUCAAGGCAUAACGCAACCAUUGAAGAGUACAAUAGGAGUUCAUGAAGAAGAAUUGGUACUAGAGAAAGUAUUGAAAGGGAUGAAUAAACCAGUUUAUUUAUUGAAUAUAACAAAUUUGUCACAAUAUAGAGCAGAUGGUCAUCCUUCAGUUUUUGGGCAUGGUGGACAUAGGGACUUGGAUUGUACACAUUGGUGUUUGGCUGGUGUUGUUGAUACUUGGAAUUUACUCUUAAGUGCACUUCUUGGAUAAUUAAUCAAAACAUUAAUAAUAUUUUAUAUUAUUAUGUCUAGUGAUGGUCCAAUAUUAAUAUCUUCAUCAUAUGUUAAUUAUUUAUGUAUAAAGUAGAGAAACUCCAACC